ACCUUGCUUUAUAUUGUAGCUCCAUUUUUCUCUCAAUUUUGUCAUCACAUAGGGACACACACAAUUGUUAUCAUACAUGGCAACUUUCAAUUUCCAUUUUCCACUUCUGCUAAUUAUACUCAUUAUAAUUUCAUCAGGAGUAAAAGUAACAGAAUCUGUGAGAAUUUUUACCAUAAUAAACUAUUGCAAAGAGACAAUAUGGCCUGCAAUUACUCCAGGUGAGAAUUUCAACGGAGGUGGAUUUGACCUAAAACCAGGCCAAUCCAUUGUCUUCACUGCCCCUGUCGGAUGGAGUGGCCGUAUAUGGGCUCGAAACGGUUGCAACUUCGACAAAAACGGCAAUGGAACAUGCCAAACUGGAGCAUGCGGUUCAUCCUUAAAGUGUUCCGGCGCCGGUCAAACCCCCGCGUCACUAGCUGAAUUCACCCUAGCCGCACUCGACUUCUAUGACGUCAGCCUUGUCGACGGAUUCAAUUUACCGUUAGUUGUUACACCAAUUAACGGUAGCGGAAAUUGUAGCGUUGCUGGUUGUGUUUCUGACCUGAGGCCUAAUUGUCCAGCCGAGCUCGCCGUUAAGUCAAAGGGGAAGGCCAUCGCUUGCCGGAGUGCGUGUGACGUGUUUAAUACCGACGAGUAUUGUUGUAGAGGACUUUAUGGUAAUCCUGUAGUAUGCCAACCUACAUAUUACUCCAAGAAAUUUAAAGAGGCAUGCCCUACUGCUUAUAGUUAUGCAUAUGAUGAUCCUACAAGCAUUUUUACUUGCUCCGGUGCUGAUUAUGUCGUCUCCUUUUGUAGCUCGAGGGACCAACAGGUUUGCACAUAUCAUGAUAAGAAGCUUGUUUGUGGUGGAACAACUAGUGGAGGAUCUCAAGGAUUAAAAUCAUUGUUCGGAAGAUGGAUGACUGUGAUGCUUGUAUUGACAUUAUUGGUUAAUUGGUGGAUGAUAUAGUAUUUGAAAUGUGUUGUUUAAUGUAGAUUGUUUUUGGAUAAUCAAUUAGUGAACUGUUUGAUUCUUUUGACAAUCAAAUUAAAAAUAUCUUUGGAGCUUGUGUAAAGGAUUUGCUCUUCCUUUAAUUUGCACACAGACAUUGUCUUGUU